GCCCCUACCCAUCCUGCUGGCAAACAAAGCCUCUCCCUGCCGAUGAAGAUGGUCCUUGCCACUGCGUUUCACUCUUCCUGCUGCUGUGGGAGGAGGCAUGACACCCCCGUCCCUGCUUGUCCGUAUCAACAGAGACUUGUGAGGGGGCAACGGGCAGCUUUCGGUGCAUGACGAUCACAUUUUCUCCUGUGGUGCAGAUGAGGUAAAAUGCUGGCGGAGCGCAGGGAGAACAGCAGGGCUGCCUUUGCCCUGACAAAGCCGCUCAAGAUGAACAUGGUGAAAAGGAUCAUGGGGCGGCCCAGGCAGGACGAGUGCAGCCCCCAGGACAACGCGCUCGGCCUCAUGCACCUGCGGCGCCUCUUCUCCGAGCUGUGCCACCCUCCUCGCCACAUGACCCAGAAGGAGCAGGAGGAGAAGCUCUACAUGAUGCUUCCUGUUUUUAACAGGGUGUUCGGGAACGCUCCCCCCAGCAGCAUGACGGAGAAGUUCUCAGACCUGCUGCAGUUCACCACCCAGGUCUCUCGCCUCAUGGUCACCGAGAUCAGAAGGAGAGCCUCCAACAAGUCCACAGAAGCUGCUAGUCGAGCCAUAGUCCAGUUCUUGGAGGUGAACCAGAGCGAGGAGACGAGUCGAGGCUGGAUGCUUCUGAGCACCAUCAACCUGCUGGCUUCAUCUGGACAGAAAACGGUGGACUGCAUGACCACCAUGUCCGUUCCCUCCACCUUGGUCAAAUGCCUCUACCUGUUCUUUGACCUGCCCCACAUGACCGAGGCCUCUGAGGGCCCCACCCAGCAGCCCCCCGCCCAGGAGAAGACGCCGGGCCAGGGCCACCCCCAGCCAGAGCUGCCGCUGGCGGACCGCAGGGCGCUCCUGCAGAAGGUCUUUGUCCAGAUCAUGGUGAAACUUUGCACCUUCGUGUCGCCGGCGGAGGAGCUGGCGCAGAAGGACGACCUGCAGCUGCUGUUCAGUGCCAUCACUUCCUGGUGCCCUCCCCACAACCUGCCCUGGAGGAGGAGCGCCGGGGAGGUCCUCAACACCAUCUCUCGCCACGGCCUCAGCGUCAACGUGGUCAAAUACAUUCACGAGAAGGAAUGCCUGGCCACGUGUGUGCAGAAUAUGCAGCAGUCCGACGACCUUUCCCCGCUGGAGAUUGUGGAGAUGUUCGCAGGCCUGUCCUGCUUCCUCAAAGACUCCAGCGGCGUGUCCCAGACUCUGCUGGAUGACUUCAGGAUGUGCCAGGGCUACUCCUUCCUCUGUGACCUCAUGCUCAGGCUGGAACAAGGCAAGGAGGACGAACCUAAAGAUGCACUGAAAGACCUCGUCAACCUGGUCACGUGUCUGUGCACGUAUGGCGUGACGGAGCUGAAGCCAGCUGGUCUGACAACCGGAGCGCCCUUCCUGCUUCCUGGAUUCGUUCUCCCACAGCCGACGGGAAAAGGACAUACGGUGCGUAACAUCCAGGCCUUUGCUGUGCUGCAGAACGCCUUCCUGCGGGCCAAAACCAGCCGCCUGGCCUGCAUGCUGCUGGACGCCAUCGGGAACAUCUACGCCGCCGAUCCAGCCAACUAUUUCAUCCUGGAGUCGCAGCACACUCUGUCGCAGUUUGCAGAGCGCGUGGCCAAGCUGCCCGAGGCGCAGGUCAAGUACUUUGAGCUGCUGGAGUUUGUGGUCUUCAGCCUCAACUACGUUCCCUGUAAGGAGCUGUUCGGCGUCAGCAUGCUGCUCAAGUCCAGCACGUCGCACGCCUGCAGCAUCACAGCUGUGCGGACGCUGCUGAAGCUGGCCCGCCACGACCCCGUCUUCAGCGACGUGCUGCGUGAGGUCGGCCUGCUGGAGGUGCUGGUCAACCUGCUGCACAAGUACGCUGCCUUGCUCAAAGACCCGGCCUCGCAACCCCAGCCUCACGGUAAUGACCAAGCUGACUGCAAGAACAACACAGUUGCGGAAGAACAGAAGCAGCUGGCCUGGCUGGUGAUGGAGACUCUGACUGUGCUGCUGCAGGGGUCCAACACCACCAACACCAAUGCAGCUCUGUUCAGAGAAUUCGGGGGUGCUCGCUGCGUCCACAACAUCGUGAAGUACCGUCAGUGUCGGGAGCACGCCCUGCUCAUCAUCCAGCAGCUCGUCCUGUCGCCCAGCGGAGACGACGACAUGGGAACGCUGCUGGGGCUCAUGCACUCUGCCCCGCCCAGCGAGCUGCAGCUGAAGACCGACAUCCUGCGGGCUUUGCUGGCGGUUCUCCGUGAGAGUCACCGCACUCGGACCGUGUUCCGCAAGGUGGGGGGCUUCGUUUACGUGACCUCCCUCCUGGUGGCCAUGGAGCGCUCCCUGUGCCAGCCGCCGCAGCACGGCUGGGAGCGCGUUAACCAGAACCAAGUCUUCGAGCUCCUGCACACCGUUUUCAGCACCCUGACGGCCGCCAUGCGCUACGAGCCUGCCAACUCCUACUUCUUCAGGACAGAGAUUCAGUACGAGAAGCUGGCCGAUGCCGUUAGGUUACUUGGUUGUUUCUCAGACACGAAGAAGCUGGGUGCCACCGGAGUGUUUCCCUCCAACGCUCAGCCCUUUCAAAGGCUGCUGGAGGACGAGGCUGCCCCCGCAGGCUGCGCAGGGGACAGCGUGUGUCCCACACUCAAGCACUGCAGCAAGCUCUUCAUCUACCUGCACAAGAUGGCCACAGACUCCUUUGACAGUCGUGCAGAGCACAUGCCCCCCUGCCUGACUCACGAGACCUCUCUGCCCUCCCCAUGGGGGACGCCGGCACUCACUAGGAAGAGACAUGGCUACUACGGCACAACCGGCCCCCCUGCCCCCAUCAAGGCUCUAACUGACUUAAAGGUCCACCUAUCUAACCCCUCCCUUACUGGCUCCUCCUCUUCUGACACGGUGGUCAUCCAUCCAGGGGCCGUGUUAGCCAUGGUGGAUCUGCUGCCCUCCAUCACUUCAGACAGUCAGCCGGAGCAUGCUCUGGAUCUGCAGCUGGCCGUGGCCAACAUCCUGCAGCUGCUGGUGAACAGCGAGCGGAACCAGCAGGUGCUGUGCGAGGCCUGCCUGCACCAGCGCAUGCUGCAGCGCUGCAGCCAGGCCCUGGCCGACGAAGACCACCCCCUCCACCCCCCCCUGCAGCGCAUGUUUGAGAGGCUGGCGUCGCAGGCCCUCCAGCCAGUGGUGCUCAGGGAAUUCUUACGUCUCGGAAACCCGCUGAACUGUGGAGCGUGGGACAAGAAGCUGCUGAAGCAGUACCGAGUCCACAAACCCAGCUCGCUCAGCUACGACACGGACAUGAGAAACGGCAUGACCAUGUCCAUGGAGGGCUUCGGCCCCGACAGCGUCUUCGCUACGCCGGCGGAGGACAACGGCCAGUACCGCAUCAGCCGCAGUCUGGUCCGCUCGGCUGAGGGCAGCACCGUGCCCCUCACGCGGGUCAAGUGUCUGGUGUCCAUGACGACGCCCCACGACAUCCAUCUGCACGGAUCAGCAGAGACGCCUGCAUUUGUGGAGUUCGACAUGUCGCUGGAGGGCUUCGGGUGUCUAUUUCUGCCCAGUCUGGCGCCCCACAACGCCCCCACCAACAACGCCAACACUUCGGGGGUAAGCGACGGAGCGGUGCUGAGCGGGAUGGGUACUGGCGAGCGCUUGUUUCCUCCUCCGUCCGGCCUCAGCUACUCCACCUGGUUCUGCGUGGAGCGUUUCAGCUCGGCUCCCCAGGCCCACCCUGUGCGACUUCUGACCAUGGUGCGGCGGGCCACGUCCUCGGAGCAGCACUACGUCUGCCUGGCGGUGGCGCUGUCGACCAAAGACCGCCUGCUCACCGUGUCCACCAAGGAGGAGCUGCUGCAGACUCACUCAGCGGAUGAGUCCAGCGAAGAAGCCUCCUUCUACGAGAUCCUGCCCUGCUGUGCUCGCUUCCGCUGUGCUGAUCUGAUCGCUGAGGGCCAGUGGCACCACCUCGUGCUGGUCAUGAGCAAAGGCAUGCUGAAGAACAGCAUGGCCACGCUCUACAUCGACGGGCAGCUCGUCAACACCGUCAAGCUCCACUACAUCCACAGUACUCCAGGAGGCUCCGGCUCCACCAACCCCCCCGUGGUGAGCACUGUGUACGGGUACAUCGGGACGCCGCCGGCCCAGCGUCAGCUCUCCAGCCUGGUGUGGCGCCUGGGGCCCAGCAUCUUCCUGGAGGAGGUUUUACCCGCCACCAGUGCUGCUGCCAUUUAUGAGCUGGGACCUAACUAUGUAGGGAGCUUUCAGGCUGUCUACCUGCCAUGUAAGGACUCCCGGGCAGAGCCCUCCCCAGCUACCCUCGUGGCUCUGGUCCCGGAGGAGAAGGUUUCCUUUAGUCUGUCUGCUCACUCCGUCUCCGCGCUCACUGUGGCCAAAAUCCGAAAAGCCUACAACAAGCUGGACAGCAAGGCCGUUGCCAAGCAGCUUGCUGUGUCGUCACAUGAAAAUGCGACUCCAGUGAAGCUGAUCCACAACGCUGCGGGUCACCUCAAUGGCCCGGCGCGGACCAUCGGAGCCGCCGUCGUUGGCUAUUUAGGUGUCCGAGCCUUCGUGCCCAAACCUGUGGCCACCACCUUGCAGUAUGUGGGCGGGGCUGCGGCCAUUCUGGGCCUCGUCGCCAUGGCGUCAGAUGUGGAGGGACUGUACGCAGCUGUCAAAGCUUUGGUUUGUGUCGUGAAAAGCAAUCCGCUGGCCAGUAAGGAGAUGGAGCGCAUCAAAGGCUACCAGCUGCUGGCCAUGCUGCUGAAGAAGAAACGCUCGCUGCUCAACAGCCACAUCCUCCACCUCACCUUCUCUCUGGUGGGAACGGUGGACAGCGGACACGAGACCUCCAUCAUCCCCAACUCCACGGCCUUUCAGGACCUGCUGUGUGACUUUGAGGUGUGGCUGCAUGCUCCCUAUGAGCUCCAUCUGUCUCUGUUUGAGCAUUUCAUCGAGCUGCUGACUGAAUCCAGUGAAGCGGCCAAGAACUGCAGACUGCUGCGGGACUUCCAGCUGGUUCCAAAGCUGCUGCUGACCCUGAGGGACACCUCACUGUCACAGCCCACAGUGGCUGCUAUCAGCAAUGUCCUCAGUCUGCUGCUGCAAGGCUUCCCCAACCCGUACGACCUGCUGCGGUUUGGCCAGUUCCUCUCCUCCACUCUCCCCACAUUCGCCGUCUGUGAGAAGUUCGUUGUCAUGGAGAUCAACAACGAGGAGAAGAUUGACGCAGGGAAUGACGACGACUUUGGCGGCCUCCUGUCUGCCAGCCUGAUUCUGCUGAGGAAUCGUCUGUUGGACAACCUGCUCCGCCUACUCUUCAUCACAAAAGAGAAGUGCACAGUCAAUGCGCAGGCCUGCGAGGAGCUGGUGAGGACGCUCGGCUUUGACUGGCUGCUGAUGUUCAUGGAGGAACACCUCCACUCGAGCACCGUGACGGUGGCUCUGUGGAUCCUGGUGGUGCUGCUGUCCAACCAGUCCAUCCUGAACCGCUUCAAGGAGGGCCUGAGCGGGGGAGGCUGGCUGGACCACACCGACGCCGUCCUGACCAAUAAGAUCGGCACAGUUCUGGGCUUCAACGUGGGUCGCAGUGCCGGGGGCCGCUCCACCCUGCGAGAGAUCAACAGGGACGCCUGUCACUUCCCGGGCUUCCCCGUCCUGCAGACUCUGCUGCCCAAACACACCAACGUGCCCGAGCUGUACUUCCUGUUGAUGGCGCUCUUCCUGCAGCAGCCGGUCAACAUGCUGCCGGACAGCCUGCAGGUACAUUUUGACCUGGACUCCCUCUGGACUUUCAUCUUCGGCAUCCCAGCUUCGAGUGGAACGGUGGUGGGAUCCAUCCACAGCGUUUGCACCGAGGCAGCCUUCCUGCUCCUGGCCAUGCUGCGCAGCAUGCUCAACCUGCCGUGGCAGUCGGAGGAGGAGGGCUCCUGGCUGCGGGAGUACCCGGUCACUCUCAUGCAGUUCUUCAGAUACCUGUACCACAACGUUCCAGACCUCAGCCCCAUGUGGCACAGCGCGGAGUUCCUCUGUGCCCUGGCAGCCGCCGUCUUCCCCUUCAACAUCAGGCCCUACUCUGAGAUGGUGAGCGAUUUGGACGAUGAAGCGGGGUCUCCCACGGAAGAAUUCAAGGCCUUCGCUGGUGACUCUGGCAUGAACCGCAGUCAGUCCGAGUACUGCAACGUUGGCUCCAAGACGUCGCUGACCAACCACCCGGCCAAGAAGUACGUCUUUGACUUCAUGAGGGUCCUGAUCAUGGACAACCUCUGCACCACGCCAGCCAGCAAGCAGACGCCUAUUGUGGACCUGCUACUGGAGGCCUCCCCGGAGCGCUCUACCAGAACUCAGCAGAAGGAGUUCCAGUCCAACAUCCUUGACGGCGUCAUGGAGCAUCUUCUGGCUGCUGAUGUGCUUUUAGGUGAGGACGCCUCCCUGCCUCUCAGCAGCGGCGGCAGCUACCAGAUUCUGGUCAACAACGUCUUCUACUUCACCCAGCGAGUGGUGGACAAGCUGUGGCAGGGCAUGUUCAACAAGGACUCCAAGCUGGUGGUGGACUUCAUCGUGCAGCUCAUAGGACAGGCUAAGAGGCGUUCUCAGGGACUCUCCCUCGACGCCAUCUACCACUGUCUGAACCGGACCGUGCUCUACCAGCUCUGUCGACCCCACAAAACGGUCGCUCAGCAGGUGGCGCUGCUGGAGGCCCUGCGGGUCCUGACCGUGAACCGCAACCUGGUGCUUGGGCCGGGAAACCAUGACCAGGACUUUGUGGCGUGCCUGGCUCACUGCUUCAUCUGCCUCCACAGCGGCAGCAACGUGGAAGGCUUCGGCCUGGAGGCGGAGGCCCGCAUGACCACGUGGCACGUCCCGAUACUGGCGGAGAACGAACCAGAUGCCGUGCAAAGCCAUGACGUGAGCGAAGGGCGCCAGCUGCUGCUGAAGGCCGUGAACCGCGUGUGGACGGAGCUCAUGCACAGCAAGCGGCAGAUGCUGGAGGACAUCUUCAAGGUGUCUCUGCCCUGCAACGACCGGGGCCACGUGGACAUCGCCACGGCCCGCUCCGCCCUGGAGGAGCACGCCCUGAAGAGCUGGCAGAACCACCUGGCUCAUGAGAAGAAGUGCAUCAGCCGCGGGGAAGCCGUGGCUCCGGCCACCCAGUCCAAGCUGUCCAGAGUCAGCAGCGGCUUCGGCCUGUCCAAACUGACGGGCGUCAGGCGCAACAAGAAGGAGAACAGCCUGAACAAGAACAGCCCCUCCGCUCAGGAAACCUUCCAGUGGAUGUUCACGCACAUCGCAGUGGUUCGAGACCUGGUGGCCAUGCAGUACAAAGAGUAUCAGGAGAGGCAGCAGAAUGCCCUCAAGUAUGUGACGGAAGAGUGGGCGUCCAUCGAGUACGAGCUCCUGCGGGAGCGGGGCCUGUGGGGGCCCCCCAUUGGCUCCCACCUGGACAAGUUCGUGCUGGAGAUGACCGAGGGGCCCUGCCGCAUGAGGAAGAAGAUGGUCCGCAACGACAUGUUCUACAUCCACUACCCAUACAUCCCGGAGACCACCACCAACUCCACGCAGAAGCCUCUGCGUUACCGCCGGGCCAUCAGCUACGACAGUAAGGAAUACUACAUGCGCCUGCUGUCAGGAAAUCCGGGCAUGUACCAGCACUCUGUGGAGCACAACACGGAGGGGGAGACGGCCCAGCAUGAGCCGGAGCAAGGAGAGGACACCAUCGCUCGAGUUAAAGGCCUGGUGAAGGCUCCUCUGAAGAGGUCUCGGUCCACAGCAGAUGGCGCCGAUGAAGACAGCCAGGAGCAGCUCCAGGAGCAGCUGCUGGAGUCGGGAGGUCCGGAGGAGGAGCAGAGGACGGAAAACACAUCGCUGCUGCGCCUCCUGGAGGAGGGAGAAAAGAUCCAGCACAUGUACCGCUGUGCCAGAGUGCAGGGUCUGGACACCAGCGAGGGGCUGCUGCUGUUCGGGAAGGAGCACUUCUACGUCAUCGACGGCUACACCAUGACCGUGUCUCGAGAGAUCCGGGACAUCGACACUCUCCCACCCAAUUUGCAUGAAGCUAUCAUCCCAAGAGGAGCCAGACAGGGCCAGAGCCAGCUGAAGAGGACCUGCAGCAUCUUCGCCUACGAAGACAUCAAGGAGGUCCACAAGAGACGCUACCUGCUGCAGCCCAUGGCAGUGGAAGUCUUCUCAGCAGAUGGCAGGAACUACUUGUUAGCCUUCCAGAAGGGGGUUCGUAACAAAGUUUACCAAAGGUUCCUGGCAGUGGUCCCCUCACUGGCUGAUAGCUCCGAGUCGGUUUCAGGCCAGAGGCCCAACACCAGCGUUGAACAGGGAUCUGGACUCCUCAGCACCCUGGUUGGUGAGAAGUCAGUGACUCAAAGGUGGGAGAGAGGAGAGAUCAGUAACUUCCAGUAUCUGAUGCACCUGAACACACUGGCGGGGCGUUCCUACAACGAUCUGAUGCAGUACCCCGUCUUCCCCUGGAUCCUGGCCGACUACGACUCUGAGGAAGUUGACCUGAACAACCCCAAGUCCUUCCGCAAUCUUGCCAAACCAAUGGGCGCCCAGACCGAUGACCGGCUCACCCAGUACAAGAAGAGGUAUAAAGACUGGGAGGACCCCAACGGUGAAACCCCAGCCUACCACUAUGGCACCCACUACUCUUCUGCCAUGAUCGUGGCCUCCUACCUGGUCCGGAUGGAGCCCUUCACACAGAUUUUCCUCAGACUUCAGGGGGGGCACUUUGACCUGGCUGACCGGAUGUUCCACAGCGUUCGGGAAGCCUGGCUCUCCGCCUCCAAACACAACAUGGCCGACGUCAAGGAGCUGAUCCCAGAGUUCUUCUACCUGCCAGAGUUCCUGCUGAACUCCAAUAACUUUGACCUGGGUGCCAAACAGAAUGGGACCAAGCUGGGGGAUGUCCUCCUCCCCUCCUGGGCUAAGGGCGACCCCAGAGAGUUCAUCAGAGUCCAUAGAGAGGCGCUGGAGUGUGACUACGUAUCUGCCCACCUCCAUGAAUGGAUCGACCUGAUUUUUGGCUACAAGCAGCAGGGCCCCCCCGCAGUGGAGGCCGUCAAUGUCUUUCACCACCUGUUCUACGAGGGUCAGGUGGACAUUUACAACAUCAACGACCCGCUCAAAGAGACGGCCACCAUCGGCUUCAUCAACAACUUUGGACAAAUCCCCAAACAGCUUUUUAAGAAACCCCAUCCUCCCAAACGGGUGCGCAGCAAAGCCAACGGUGAUGCUGCAGGUGUUCCUCCAAACUUCAACAGUGACAAGAUUUUCUUCCACCACCUGGACAAUCUCAGACCUUCUCUGGCACCAGUCAAAGAGCUGAAGGAGCCUGUGGGACAGAUAGUUUGUACCGAUAAAGGCAUCCUUGCUGUUGAACAAAACAAAGUUCUGGUUCCGCCCGCCUGGACCAAGACCUUCGCCUGGGGCUACGCUGAUCUCAGCUGUCGUCUAGCUAAUUAUGAGUCUGACAAGGCGCUGGUGGUGUAUGAGUGUCUGUCAGAGUGGGGGCAGAUCCUCUGUGCCAUAUGUCCCAACCCCAAGCUCAUCCUCACCGGAGGAACCAGCACCGCCAUCUGUGUGUGGGAGACCGGGACGUCCAAGGAGAGGGCCAAGUCUCUGACGCUCAAGCAGGCAUUACUCGGUCACACAGACGCUGUGACGUGUCUAACGGCCUCAUCGGCGUACCACAUAGUGGUCAGCGGCUCCCGGGAUCGAACCUGCAUCAUCUGGGACCUGAACAAACUUUCCUUCGUCACGCAGCUCCGGGGCCACCGCGCCCCCAUCUCUGCUCUGUGCAUCAAUGAGCUGACGGGGGACAUCGUGUCGUGUGCCGGCACCUACAUCCAUGUGUGGAGCAUCAACGGCAGCCCCAUCUCCAGCGCCAACACCUUCACGGGCCGCAGCCAGCAGAUCCUGUGCUGCUGCGUGUCCGAGAUGAACGAGUGGGACACGCAGAACGUGAUCGUGACCGGACACUCGGACGGCGUCGUCCGGUUUUGGAGGAUGGAGUUCCUGCAGGUGCCGGAAACUCCCGCUCCAGAACCCGUAGAGCCCGAUGUGCCUGACUGCUGCGCUGAUGAGAAGAUCGAAGGUGGCGAGAACCACAACGCCGCCGACGACGACAGCAGUGAGUCUGAUGGAGAUGAGCCCAGUUUGAGUCAAGAGUCCAGACCUCCACGCGACCCCUCCACCGGUGGGGGGAGCCAGCCGGGCAGCGCCGUCCACCGACCCAGAGGUCAGUCCGGCCGAGCGGGGGCGUCCUGGUCCAUGGACAGCGGUUCUGACGACUCUCACCGCUGGUCUGACACCCUCAGUAUCGACGAGAAAGACGGCUUUGUGUUCGUCAACUACUCUGAGGGCCAAACCAAAGGCCCCCACCCUCAUCUGGCCCCUCAGGGCCAGAGCUCAGGGCCCCACUCUCUUCACCCCUCCUCCGUGGAAGCUCGGACCUACAACCAGCUGAGAGCAGGCUACAGAUGGGAGCGCCAGCUGGUCUUCCGCAGCAAACUCACCAUGCACACAGCGUUUGACCGGAAAGACAACGCCCACCCCGCUGAGAUCAGCUCCCUCGCCAUCUCCAAGGACCACAGUAAGAUCCUGGUGGGCGACGGGCGCGGCCGAGUCUUCAGCUGGUCCGUCAGCGAGCAGCCCGGCCGCUCGGCGGCCGACCACUGGGUGAAGGACGAGCUGGUGGACAGCUGCUCCGCCUGCACGGUCCGCUUCUCCCUGACGGAGCGACGCCACCACUGCAGGAACUGCGGGCAGCUCUUCUGUCAGAGGUGCAGCCGCUACCAGUCUGAGAUCAGGAGGCUGAAGAUCUCGUCUCCUGUUCGCGUGUGUCAGAACUGCUACUACAACCUCCAGCAUGAGCGGAGCGUCGACGACGGCGGCGGCAGAAAUUGAGCUCCGCCUCCACCCGGACCCCCAAGCGGCGUCCCCCCACUACAUGCACCCCACCCCCCCGCACCUCCCAUGUAUACGCAGGCACGCUUGACAGACUGUUGAUGAGCGUCUACGGCAAACGGAUGAGGAGAUAUGAACUCUUAAAGUGAGAAACCAUCAUGGCGACAGCCGCUUUCACCCCCCCUCCCCCCACCCUGCUCCUCUAGUCACUGAUACUGUGGAGAAAUGAGAAGAACUUGUUCAUACUGUAAAUAUGUGCCAUGACCCACAAACAGAGCAAGCGUGAAGGAGAAUAGACACCCCCCAUCACCUCCUGACUAACCCAGAGGAAGAGGAGGAGCCAGAUGAAUGUCAGUCUUCAUCAUUAGCUUAUGCAAGAACCCCCUUUUUUAUUAUUUCUGUAAAAUUGUUUUUUAUCAGAGCCGUUCAGUAUUUUUUAAAGGCGACGUCAUCAGAGAAUUCUGCCUCAUUUUUGAUCCGAGAUCCUUCUGAUGAUGUUUCCCAAACAUAUCGAUUCUUUUGGGGGUUUUGGUUUUCCAUUCAUGUCCAGGUUUUCUCUGGAAACCAUGUCCAGAUAUUGUCAACAUGGCCCUGUUGAAGCCCCGCCCCCCAAUGUUUCUGUGCGCGGCCUCUGCAGCAUCCAGCAGGCGUUUGUGUCCCCGGCUUUAUCACCAACGCCGUCACUUCAACCGUUGGCGAUUGAACGCUGACUGGCUGCGGCGUCUGACCACACGCCAAGUCCUGAUCCCGCAGCGCCGGCGGCUGAAAGCAGCUUUUGUUCGGCUGACGGGCGCUGCAGCACGUGAAGCCGCGCACGUUUUUUCCUGUUCUGGGAACUGAUGACGGUCGGACGGCGUGACAAGAGCCGGUCGGAAUGUGGGGCAGCGAUUCAUCCAACGUCCCCCUCAGAAAACAGGCCUUUGACGCCUACGGGGGCCCUGAAGUUCAAAUCCCACAACACAAAAGCGUUUUAAAGAUCACAACGACAAUUUUAAAGAAUUAAAAAGACUACUUUACAUUUUAAAAAUCUAAACAAAAUAAAAACCGUUUGGGAAAACAGAAGUAACUUCCAAUCGCUGACUGGAUGACGGCGUUUGUCCAUCGUUUCAGCCUAAAGUUGUGUGGGAUGAUGGGAUGCCGGAUACGCUCAGCACUAAUCACAAAUCUUUUAUUAGUAUGCAGACGUUGAACAAACUCAAACGUAAUCAUCCAAUCAGUUGUUUGUCAUAGUUCCACCCGUUUCAUUUUUUACCAUUUCAUUUUGAUUUCUGAAAAUGUAUUUUUGGAAUCGUCUUUGGGUUUCUGGGAUUUUGUGUCGAUUCUUAAAAUGUAAUGUUUCAUCAUUUGUUUUGUUGCUUUAAUGGGAUCCUUAAUAUGUUUUUGCGUUUAUUUGCUGGUGUGAUUUGGACUUCAGGGCCACCGUAAGACAUCCUUCCUCUUCUCCCUCACACCUACAACCCCCCCCCCCCCCUCUUCUGUCCAUCUCAAAAAAGUAAACUUUACCCCCCCCCCCCCCCCAUGUCCUUCUGCAUUUCUGUACUGUAACUGAACGUGCAAUCAUCCAUCCCUAGGGAGGGGGUUGGGCCCCCUUUAAUGGAAUUUUCUUGUACAGAGGUUUAAGUUGUGGUGUGUAGAGGGGAGGGGGGGGGGUCCAACUGUACAGAGUAUUUAUGCAAAUAUGACGGCUUUUAGAUUUUUUUUUUCAUGAUUUCAGCAAGUGGAGUUACUUGUUGCAUGUUUAUUAACACAGCUGACUUUCUGUAUCAGUGCAUUGUACAGGCUCUCUACACACUCAGUUUCUGCUGCUUUCGUUUCCUCCUCGGUAGGGGUGGGGGGGCUGCUGGGUGACCAGCGACAAGCCCCCCCCCCGGGCUCAGACUGGACUUUUAUACCCUGAGUGGGGGGGGGGGGGGGGGGAGAGAGAAAUUCUGGAAGCUUCUGGUGGUCUCGUAUUAGACUGCAUUACUACGAUAUCUGGUGUGCAAUCUGUGAUAGCUGAAUGUUCCUGUAUAUUUGUGUUCACUUCGUCCCACAAGAGAAAAAGCCUGUAGAGUCCCCCCCCCCCUCGUUAUAAAAAGAAUGAUGCAAUAGAUCUGGUACUUAUUAUUUUUCAUUUCAAUAAAUAAUUGCCGUUUAUCACCAAA